AUGACAUUGCGUGGUGGAGGAGCUUUUGCCCUUUUCGUCUCACUUCUGCAUGCCUUGCCGGUGAUGGUACAACCUGCGCGGCUCUUAUGCAUGCAGUUGGCUGCGGAGGAGCUCGCCUAUUUGGAGGAGACCAAGACCUGGGGCAACGUGCUCACGAAUUUCAACGGCUAUUCGAGCUCACGGACGGCCCUGGAUGAUGCCAAGGGUCGUAAGGUCACUGACAAAGACCGCCUUUUUUCCCUCUCCUCAGUAUCUUCUCCCAUUACGGCACGAUUCGUCGUUCCUAUCGGUGAGGUUCAAGUGCCGAGUGUCAGGGUGUCAAGUGUUGAGGUUCUAUACAAAAUGGGUGCCACCUGUCCUGUCGCCGUGGAACAUACGAGGAUGCCUCCUAAAGCAGAGCUCAUCUUUGAACUGCGCGGACAGGCACCCCCGCCGUCCAAGCACUAUCAUCAAGUGGCCUUCUACUCUGAUCAAACAGUGGUCUUUCGCACGUGGCACAUCGAUCCCCCGCACGGUGUGCAUCAGCUGGAUCGCGCAGGAUCGACGACAGAGGCCAAGGCUACCUUUGAGGAGUUUCUCAAGUUUAAUGAGUUUCACUCACAAAUCAAAACCGUGCGUCGCUGGAUCGGUCGCCAAUCGCGCGGUGACCCAAUUCACGUGCAAUAUGCCGGUCUUCCCUCUCGCUCGGAGAAGCUGGAGGAAGCCAUUCUCGCCGCCGAAGAAGCGGCCGGCCAUUAA